UCACUGACGAAAGAGCAUUAUUCUUAUGUCAGUUGAGAUAUACGCAUUAUUGAAGACAUCAAGCGUGGAUGUACGUGUUAUGAAAUAUUUAGUUUUUCUGUUAAUCAUCCGGGAAUCGUUCGAUGAAAAGCCUGCAAUGAAACUAAUUAGUUAUUUUAAUUAAUUCAACAUGUUUCAAACCUAACCUUGUUUUAAUUUGUUACUUUGGCUUGGUACAAAGAAGUACUAUCAUAUGUUUCUGGCAGUAUUGUUCAGCGUUGCUCGAGUUCUAAUUAAAAAAAGCAGGCCUUUUCAAAGUGUGAAUGUCGAACAGAACCGGGGAUUUUCUUUCUAAAUGUUAGUACACUGCGUUAAGCUGUAUGAGGAACAACUCAAGCGAACUUCAUAAUUGGACACGUGGCUUUUUCUCCUGUUCCUAAUUUGAAGAUCAACUGAUUUCUUUGUAUCAGCCACCGCUAUUUAAAUGCCAAUGAGUAAUCUAUUAAGGAGAGGGCACGUGUCCUAAUGAGGUCCCUUUCAAUGCGUUGAAUAGGCACGAGAAUCCCCGCGGUGGACUCAGAAGCCCUGGAGCUAUUUAACCCUCAGGAUGUUUCCAACUCAGGCCACUUUACCCAGAGGUGACAGGUAGAUAACCCGGCGAGCUUCAUUUUAUUUUUCGAACGUGGCGAUACAUUGGAAGGUCCCACUAGUAAAACUACCAGCUCUAAUACACUGUAGGUAUAUCGGCUACGGUCUACUGUUAUCGUUCUUACGAUGGAGGAUAUAUUUUUUGAUUUUGAUCAAGACGCUGCGUCAGAUUUUGCUUUCUGGGGCCAGAUGGAUCCCAAUUUCCAGUUCCAGUCUCAGCCGGACAGUAUACUCGUGGACUGCGCAACGCUGACAGGACAAUUGUCCCCUUGGUCAUCUUUUGGCUGCCAGUCUGUGUUCCCAGACGCACAGCUGACCUUCAGCGAUUUAGACUCCCAGUCCCCGCAGUUAGGCCUCAGUGCUGAAGUGGACAGCUCCUCAGUGGACGAGCCCCAUGAGAUCAGCAAACGCAGACAGCGUCGACUGGCACCGCACCACCCCUAUAAGGUACAGCGCCACGCGGCCAACAUCCGGGAGAGGAAAAGGAUGCUGAGCAUCAACUCUGCAUUCGAGGAACUGCGCUGCCAUGUGCCUACAUUUCCCUAUGAGAAACGACUUUCUAAAAUAGACACGCUGCGACUGGCAAUUGCCUACAUUGCCCUCCUAAGAGAAAUCCUCAUGUCAGGAUGCGACCCCAAGACAUAUGUGGACGAAUGCAUGAAAAAUGGCUACAAAAAUCAGACCAACGCGAUAUGGAACACGAGUGAUCUGACGGCCCGGCUCUCCUGGAUAAAGUGGGAUUAACUCUCCGCGCAAACUGAAUAACAAGGCCGUCGAGUGUUGCGCUCUCCUCCACCGCGGGAUCACAUCGGGGUUGGCCGGCAGCUGCAGACUUCUCACCAGGUCACAGCGUCUGCACAUUUCGCUGUGCGGCGAGAGUCUUUUACAUUUUAAUUAAAUUAUCUUCAGAGAUCCGCCCCUCUGAUUAAUUUAACUUGUUUUAAAUAAUGUGGUGGCGUUCGGGCCCUCAGACAGAGGGUGUUCCAUUUGUUUAUGAACUGAGAUGGUAAAUCUAAUCGCCCCCCUACCCCAUCGAAACCCACAUAUAAGGGGUACUUGCAGGUACAAUAUGGAUAAUAAGUGGCUGUGUGUUCUCAUUUAGAACAUAUUUAUUUAUUUAUUUAUUUAUUUAUUUAUCUAUCUAUUUA